AUGCCUCUACCAACUACAUUGGCGCGCUCAUGCAUACGAUCUUUGCGCUUGAGCAAUUCAGCUAGAUUAUCCACUUCGUUGAGACGAUUCAAUUCCACAUUCAAUCCAGAUCCUCCCCACCAUGCAGACGAAUAUCAACGCAAUAAUAAAAAACUCUACGAGACACAUAUACCAAUAUCCAAUGCUGAAAGAGUUAUACUCGCAGCAGGCUCGGCAGUAACCGCUCUAUUGGAUCCUUAUCGAGGAGAUAUGAUAGCCACCUUGGGCGAAACAACAGGUCAACGGUAUCUUGAGUCAAUUCGAGACCAGAUGCUUCAAGACCGAACAGGUCGACGUAUCUUACGCGAACGGCCUGUCAUCAAUUCCAAAUCACUCGACCUGGACAGACUACGAAGUCUGCCGAGCGAUACAUUCGGCAGAGAAUAUGUAGGGUGGUUGGACAAAGAAGGUGUGACACCAGACACGCGAGCCGCUGUGCAAUUCGUGGAUGAUGAGGAGCUAGCUUAUGUUAUGAAACGAUACAGAGAGUGCCAUGAUUUCUUUCACACAUUGACUGGACUCGGUGUCACAGUUGAAGAGGAGCUUGCAUUGAAGUGGUUCGAAUGGGUGCAAACCGGGUUACCAAUGACUAUGUUGUCAUCGCUCUUUGGCCAUCUGCGGCUGACGUCGACGGAGCGAAGCCGACUGUUUCAAAAUUAUGUACCAUGGGCUAUUCAGUGUGGUGUUUCAUCCAAACCAUUGAUGAAUGUAUAUUUUGAAGAGCUAUUAGAUAAGCCAUUAACAUCUGUUCGAAAGGAACUGGGUAUUUUUCUGCCACCUUCCAUAGAAUCUCACAUUGUAUAA